GCGUGCGUGCGUGUGUGUGUUUUCUGCAGGCGGACGGACUCUUCCAUUGCUGGCGCUUCAGUACCUGGGUGCAUUUGCAAUGGGAUGAUCAGCUUGGCUUGCCGAGCAUUUACUUCUAAUCUCCAGCUUGUGGCAUCCUAGCGGCAAAGGCGAUCCUUUCAGGGACAGCUCCAGAGGGAUUGCAAAGAGGGACAGUGACUGGCGACUGGCUGGCGAUUCUGGGAUGAAUUAUUUCUUAGUUCUGAUCAUGACCUUCAUCAGCACAAUGAAUCUGAAAAACAAGCAACCUGCCAAGUCCUCUUAGCUCCUGGUUGAACAAACUUGCUGAUCCUUCACUUAUCUCUUGCCAACGACCUAGCUACACCUUCCCUCCUCCUGAAGAAAGCAAGUAAAAAAUUAGAGCUGAAACGUGAAACUUUAUGAAAAGCCCUGUCAGAAGCUCUUCUUUCAAGAUUUACUCUUUUUUAAGCCGUGUGAACUUUGCAUCAAGUCCGUUUUCUAAAGGAGACACAAGUUAUGUUUGUGUAGCUGAUACCAGAAAUUGCACACACAAAUAAACAAUAUAUAUAUAGAGAGAGAGUAAAAAUCUACGCUCAGAAUGGAUGAUAGGUAUAGAAACAAUGCAAACCUGUAUCAAGGGGCUAAGGAUAUAGCACGAGAGAUGAACCAAGUGUCAGAUGACUACAGGUAUCAGGAUAGUAGCUAUGAAGGGUAUGCACCCAGUGAUGGCUAUUACCACGGUGGCAAUGAGCCAGCUCAAGAAGAAGAUGCCCAGAGUGAUGCCACAGAAGGGCAUGAUGAAGAUGACGAAGUCUAUGAAGGAGAAUAUCAGGGCAUCCCUCACCCAGAUGACAUUAAGGGCAAGCAGAAGAAGAAAGCCCCUGGUGUGGCUGAUGACUAUAGGGACCAUGCAGACCUCAUGACACAGAGGAUGGAGGAUGAGGAACAGCUUGCCCACCAAUAUGAAAACAUCAUUGAAGAGUGUGGCCACGGGCGCUUCCAGUGGACACUCUUCUUUGUUCUCGGCUUGGCACUGAUGGCGGAUGGAAUCGAGGUGUUUGUGGUUGGGUUUGUGCUACCCAGUGCCGAGAAGGAUAUGUGCUUGUCCCGUUCAAACAAAGGGAUGCUCGGCCUGAUAGUCUACCUGGGAAUGAUGGUGGGGGCUGUCAUGUGGGGUGGCCUGGCAGACAAACUGGGAAGAAGGAAAUGCCUCAUCAUAUCACUUGCAAUCAACGCUGCCUUUGUUUUUCUCUCCUCCUUCACCCAGGGAUAUGGAUUCUUCCUUUUCUGCCGCCUUAUCUCUGGCUUCGGUAUUGGGGGAUCCCUCCCUAUCGUGUUUGCCUAUUUCUCUGAAUUCCUUUCUCGCGAGAAGAGGGGAGAACACCUGAGCUGGCUCUGCAUGUUCUGGAUGGUUGGUGGCAUUUAUGCCUCGGCAAUGGCUUGGAGCAUCAUUCCACACUACGGUUGGGGUUUCAGUAUGGGAACCAAGUACCAAUUCCACAGCUGGAGGGUUUUUGUACUGGUCUGUGUUCUGCCUUGUAUCGCUUCACUGAUAGCAUUAAAAUUCAUGCCCGAAAGCCCACGUUUUUUGCUGGAGACAGGUAAACAUGAUGAAGCCUGGAUGAUUCUCAAGCAAGUUCACGACACCAACAUGCGAGCCAAGGGGGAGCCGGAGAGAGUGUUCACAGUUGCCCACAUCAAAACUCCAAAGCAAAUAGAUGAGUUUAUUGAAAUCCAAAGCUCCACAGGGACAUGGUACCAGCGCUGGCUGGUCAGAUUCACAACCACAUUCAAACAGGUCUGGGAUAAUGUGUUAUGUUGCUUGACAACCCAAUACAGGAUGAACACCCUGAUUCUGGCUGUGGUUUGGUUUACAAUGGCCUUGAGCUACUAUGGCCUCAUUGUCUGGUUCCCUGACAUGAUUCGAUAUUUCCAAGAUGAGACGUACAAAUCCAAAGUGAAACCCUUCACUAAGGACAAGAUAUCAAAUGCCACCUUCAACUUCACACUGGAAAACCAGAUCCAUAGAAAUAUGGAAUAUAUUAAUGACAAGUUCAUCAACAUAAAAUUAAAACAUAUGCUAUUUGAGGACGUCCUGUUUGAUAAUUGCUUUUUUAUUGAUGUGACUUCCACUGAGACCUACUUCAAAAACUGCACUUUUGAAUACACUAUCUUCAAUAACACUGAUCUCUACAAACACAAAUUCAUUGACUGCAAGUUCCUGAACUGCAGCGAGCUGCAGGAGAAGGAGGGUUGUCACCUGGACUUCGAGGAGGACAACGAUUUCCUGAUUUAUCUUGUCAGCUUUCUGGGCAGUCUGUCUGUGUUGCCGGGCAACAUUGUCUCAGCGCUGCUCAUGGACAAGAUAGGAAGGAUAAGGAUGAUUGGUGGCUCAAUGCUGAUAUCUGCCGUGUGCUGCUUCUUCCUGUUUUUUGGCGAUAGUGAUUCUGCAAUGAUCGGCUGGCAGUGCCUAUUCUGUGGGGCGAGUAUUGCAGCCUGGAAUGCGCUGGACGUCAUCACAGUUGAGCUGUAUCCCACUGACAAAAGAGCAACAGCGUUUGGCAUCCUCAAUGGUCUCUGCAAGUUUGGUGCCAUCCUGGGGAACUCAAUCUUUGCUUCCUUCGUCGGGAUAACCAAAGUGGUUCCCAUUCUUCUGGCCUCCUCUGCUCUGAUGGGAGGGGGCCUGUUAGCCCUGCGGUUACCAGAGACUCGAGACCAGGUCCUGAUGUGAUCAACUGGGCCACAGGGGGAAUAAAGAAGACAAAGAACCACAACAAAAAGAGCCAUGUCUAAAAAAAAAUCAAAAUGUCCACUUAUACUUUUCUGCUGAUACCUCAGAUAUAGGAGGUGGGGUGAAGGAAGACAGUUUAACCCCUAGAUUAGGACCUCUUCCCAACCAUUGCUGGCCCUUUGCAGCCAAGGCAAAACACAUAGAGCUUUGCUCAUUGCUGUAGAUCUUGUCCAUACUGGAGAGAGAUGAGGAAUUGUCCAGCCCCGCUUCCUUAUGGAUGAGUGUAACUGACUCAAGCCAUUAGCAGCGACUUUGCGCGUGUGUGCAUACACGCGUGUGCAUCCCAGGGGGAGAACAGACUCAACACCCCCUAUGCCUUUGAUGAGCUGCAAGACCUGCAUGUCUAAGCUGCUCCUGGCAAUUAGCACCAAUGUGCUCACUCAUGAAAGGCAUCACAUCAGGACGGCAGUUUGCAAACUGACUGCAGGUCUGUCACAUCCAGCACUGGGGCUAGGGAUUUUGGAUCUCUUGAUUUUUGGAUCCCAACUUGUGGCACCUUAAAGGGGCCUGAUUUUCACAUGGCAAGUGCUCAGAGCUUUCCAAAAAGGCUAGUGCCGUGAUAUUGUCUCCAGCUGAGAACCUGAAUUCACAAACUACCUUCUUAGCUUAGGCCAUUUUUAAAUUUCAAACAUCUGCUGUUUUGAUUUCUAAGCUCUGUAUCACUUGCAUCUGAAAAUAAAACCUAAAAUCAGUGCUGAUGAUCCUAGAUGUCUAGAGCAGUCCCAGCUGGGACACACGUCAUUAUUUAUAUCCGGCCAACAAACCUUGAAUUGUGUUGAUCUGGGGAUAUAUUUCUAUGAUAUUUCCUAUUUAGCUUUCUUUCUGAAGAGAAUUUUGGCAUGAUGUUGGGGAUUCCACAAACCAAAUGUGUAUAUACAACACAGUGUAAAUAGGGAACAUUUUUUUUUGUUUAAUGUUUAGAAUAUGGUAACUGCAAGAACUUACCAGCAUUUUAGCCAUAUUAGUUAAGGAAAAUGAUGUCUAAGUUUCCUGUAUAUUUGGGUCUUAUAAGUAUAGUUACUUAUAGCCAUUUAAUCUGUUAUCCAGAGAAUGCACUCAGCAACUUUCAUUGUACAGUACAUUUAUUCUCUGUUAAGUGGGAAAGUUAAGUUUGAUAUCCUGUAAUGAUCAUUCUGAAAAUACACAUGCCCUUCAUACUGUGACUUAGAAGUUGCCACACUACUAGUUACACAGUAAUUUAUCUUUGGUGGCAUAUUUGCAUAUAUUUUGGGAAAGCAAGAAUGAAAUGCAGAAAAAUAAAUAAAGCAUCCCUGCUCACGGCAGUAUAGAUCAUGCUAACUGGGCCCUUUAGCAGGCA